AUUGCGCACAAAACUCGUGCCGCUCCGUCAGGUGCUGCACUCAGACUCGCGGAAUUGUCCUCAGCUGCGAAGCCGUUUUUUUCUUUCAUUCGCGGAAUUGUCCUUAUUUCAUCCUAGCGCGGCAUGAUCUCGUUACUCGUAUCUCGCACAGGCUGCACUUCUGGGCAGCAACCUUCGGUCUCCCGCCUGUCUCGAGUCUUUUGCAUAUAGUGCGACAACUAAGUCUAGCCACCGUUUAUUUGUUUUUGUGAGGACCCCCACGGUAGAAGACGUUUUUUUUGCAUUACCACAUCUGAAAUACCGCAACCGCUUUAAGCAGGGCAUCUUUGAAUUCCGAUGCGACGUCGGACUAGCUGGCUCUUCGUCCUCACACCUCAACGCCUCACGUGCUCCACGACUAGACGUGUAACAUUCGCGUCGGCCGCAAAAGAAAGCAAGUGCCUGGUUUGAUUCAUCCGGGUGAGCCGCGCGUCUGUAAAUAAAAUCCUGCUCCUGAGCCUGAAUCUGAGUCCGAGGACAGUAGGUGCAGCGGAGCUCCUGCGCCAUCAUCCAAAAUGGGCUCUGCCUUCGGGGUGAUUUCGGAGGAAACGCCAGCGUAUGAGGUCCUCCAGCGGUUUAUCGAAAAGAAAAAUCCUUCUUCCCCAUAUCAAAAGGAGAUUUCAGAUGCUGCCUUUGCGUACACACAUGAGGUCUGUCUUGCUGUGAGGAAUCGCGCCCACAUUCUUAGGAGCGCAAGGUUCAUCUAUCUGUUUAGCAUUGGAAACGCCGGCCCGUUGACGAACCAGCAUGACAAAUCGCAUCCAUAAUGCGGCGCAUCCCUCAGCGCUUGUCUUCUUGCAAGACAAAAAUGAUUUGUGGCCACAAAUCUGCAUCACAACGGAUGCCUUUUCAAUACGGGGAGGGAGGAUUUUUCCUCACAAUACGGCUCGAGAACUACGAAAUCCGGAGGUACGAGCCCCGCGUCGCGGUCCAGGUCGCGAUGAACCACGCCAACGAUAGCACGGCGUUCAAAACUAUCAACUGUAAAAAUGUCUGGGUCUGGAAGAAUCCAACUUGUCAUGCUGAUUUUGGAUUCUAA